UUGAUUGCACACUAAAGUAGUGUAACUGUUUCAAGCAUGCUCAGACUGGAGUUGUGUGUGGACUGUUGAGAUGAUGAGGCAAAAAUUCUCCUGGCUACUCUGGACAUUUGCAUGCUGCUGGAGUGUUGGCUUUUGUGGGAAGGUGGUGGUCUGGCCCACCGAUGCCAGUCACUGGAUCAACAUGAAAGUGUUGUUGGAAGAGCUCAUUCUCCGGGGUCAUGAAGUAACUGUGCUGGUACCAUCAGUAAAUCUGCUCAUUGACUACCAAGACACGUCAUCUCCUUUCACCUUUGAGGUCCUGAAAGUGAACAUCACCCAAGAGACCCUGGAUACUCUCUUGGAGAACUUCCUCAAUCUCUGGAUAAAUGACCUCCCUAAUCUGUUCCCCUGGACAACUAUGUGGAAGAUGAAAGAAGCCAUAUACUCCUUUUCCAACUUGUCAAAGCACUCCUGUGAUGCCUUGGUGUCAAAUCCUGAGCUGAUAGCAAGGCUGCAUCAGGCCAAGUUUGAUAUUCUAAUAGCUGACCCUCUAGUUGUAUGUGGUGAGCUUGCAGCAGAACUCCUGGCAAUCCCUUUUGUCUACAGUUUCCGUUUUUCUGAGGGGAAUGUGGUAGAGCGGCUGUGUGGUGGACUCCCAUCUCCACCUUCUUAUGUGCCUGCUAGCACAACAGGGUUGACAGACCAGAUGUCCUUUGUGGAGAGACUGCAGAAUUUCUUCUUUUACUUUGCCAUGGAUUUAUUUUUCUUAAAGUUUUGGCAAGAUGAAUGGGAUGGAUACUACAGUAAUGUCUUGGGAAGGCCCACAACCCUGUGUGACACAAUGGGGAAAGCAGAGAUAUGGCUAAUCAGAACAUACUGGGAUUUUGAAUUUCCUCGCCCUUUCCUGCCCAACUUUGAGUUCGUUGGAGGACUUCACUGCCAGCCUGCAAAGCCACUGCCAAAGGAAAUUGAAGAAUUUGUUCAGAGUUCAGGGGAACAUGGCGUUGUGAUAUUUUCUCUCGGGUCAAUGGUCUACAACCUAACCAAGGAAAAAAGUGAUGUGAUUGCCAAAGCGCUCAGCCAGCUUCCACAAAAAGUUCUCUGGCGAUACAAAGGUAAAAAACCAGACGCCCUGGGCUCCAACACCAAGAUUUAUGACUGGAUACCCCAAAAUGACCUGCUCGGCCAUCCCUUGACAAAGGCCUUCAUUACUCAUGGUGGGACCAAUGGAAUCUAUGAAGCUAUUUACCAUGGAAUCCCAAUGGUUGGGAUUCCCAUGUUUGCUGACCAGCAUGACAACAUUGCUCACAUGAGGGCAAAAGGAGCUGCAGUUGAGCUGGAUUUCGGCACACUGACAACGCAGGAUCUAGUCGAUGCAGUGAAUACAGUCAUUAACAAUUCUACCUACAAGGAAAGUAUUUUAAAGUUAUCCAAGAUACAUCAUGACCAGCCAAUUAAGCCUCUGGAGAGAGCUGUCUUCUGGAUUGAAUUUGUCAUGCGUCACAAAGGAGCAAAGCACUUGAGACCAGCUGCUCACCAUCUUACCUGGUACCAGUACCACUGCCUGGAUGUUCUGGCAUUCUUGUUCACCUGUGCAGCCAUUGCUGGCUUCAUUCUUGUCAAGUGCUGCAUGUUUUGCUGUAGAAAAUGUAGUAGGGUCACCAAAAAAAAGAAAGAAUAGAUAUGUUGAUCCCAUCAGCAGUCUUUCUUCUCAUACACUGCUUCAGUAAAGCAUUUCUGCAUAUUCCUUGGUAAAUACAAUUAUUAAGAUAUGCUUUAAGUUACGCAUAUCAUGAAGCACCUCAUUCAACUGGGUUGUACUAAAAAAGCAGUUAGAGAGCUGCUUGCUAAGCCAGCAAAUCACUUUUGGCCUCUAUAACAUUGAAUUAUAGCUGUCUAAUCCCUUGGGAAGCUGUUAGCUGAUCACACAGUACUCCUAAAAUGAUAAUUGCUGCUCUAACUUCUCAAAUUUAGUUUGGCAAUCUUUUUAAAUUCAGCCCUUCUGUGGUCCUGCAAUUGGUUUUCUUAGCCUCUGUCCUCCCCCAUAAAGACACCUAUGCUUGGUGAUUCAAAACCGAAACACCUCUCCUGCCUAUAUACCUUUCCAGAUUGAACAGUGAAGCUCUUAAAAAAACACCCAACUGAAAGGCUAACAUCAUAAAAGACAGGGAGCUGCCAAAGUCUAAAGAAGAUUAUCUCAUCCCUUUCUACAAAUGCACUACUUAGUGUUAUAUGGGAGAUCAGAGUUCAUCUGAGUCCUGAAACCAGUAGAGAAACUGCUUCCUUUCCUCAGGGAACCACUCCUUUUUCCCAUCCAGUAGGCUUGGAUUCCUACUGCACACAUCAUCGUUCCAAUUACACCACCACAAGUGUGUGAAAAUAACCUAUACGUAACAUGCUUGUGUUAACCACAAAUCCUCUGAGCCAUAGUAACUGACAAAUCAGAAAAACCUUGAGGUAGAACAAAGUAGUCAUGUCACACAUGGGAACAAUGCAAUAGUUACUUCUCUUGUCUGAAAAUACUGGUGGGAAAAUAAUGCUGCCUAUGGCUCAGACAGUGAUGUUAAAUCACUGUUGCACUACUGAAACUAUUUAAGGAUACCUUACUGAUGAAAACUGAUGCUAUUCAGGCCUCCUGCUGAAGGCGAGGCUAUUCGACUGUUAUGCCAGCAUACUUAGAAUAUGCCUUGAUUUUAACUGAUGUUUGUUGUAUUCUGGAUGUUGCAGAUUUGUUUUCAAUCAGACUAAGAAAAAUUACCUUUGUUUACAUAAUAAAGUUCCCCUCAAUAUAUUAA